AUGCAUAUGGGCCACUACUGUGCCAUCAACAUCCAUCAAGAUAUGCUGAAGCAUCGCUACGGACAAACUCCCGUCUGUAAGGAGUUGUCUGAGUUUCCAAGCAUCAUGGGUUUAGCAGUAGGAAAGAAGGCUGUCAUCUACGAUUCUACAACUGGAACUGCAUCUGGAGAAGAUUUGAUGGCCAGCUACUUUGGCAACGACUUGGCCAAUUCAAGUAAGUGUUGA